AGCCCUCCACGCCCUCGCGCGGCGGAAAGAAGCAAUAUCCUACGGUUGGCCGGACCGGCCGCUCGCUCGCCAUGGCCUGACUAACCGAUGACUCCGGCCGGCCGGCCGGCCGGCGCGCACGAUCGAAAGCUGACUAGAGCGGCGGGCGGACGACACAGCCCCACCUAAAGCCUUGCCCUUUUCGCGAGCAUGGACCACCCACCGCUGCUUUUCCUUGCGCCGAUGAGGAGUUGCUGUUGCUGACUCGGCGCGAAUCCACUCCCUCCUUCUCGCCCAAGAUUUCAUCACCCCCCGCCCGCCGGCCGCGGUUUAUAAAACCGGCUCCCCUGCCCCUGUCGUCUCCCUCCCCCUCCCCCCUCUCUCCAUCCCUCCCCCGAAUCGCUCAGCCCUCUUGAUCGAGAGCUAGCCAUGAAGAAGUCGAGCGGCAGCAGCCAUGUGAUCGGAGUUCCCGUCACCUCCACGGCGUACGCCAUCGAGGACACGACGAGGUCGGAGUCGGACCGCCCGGCGGCUACCAAGACCGGAGACGAUCGCCUCGCGGUCUCGUUGACGCACCCGAGCCCCUACACUUCCUUCGGUUACAAGCACAGCAGCAAGGGCCAGGUGAUCCACUGGGUGAACAAGCUGGGAAGACGAGCUCAGAGCUUCAGGGACCAUGUGACGUUGGGUCCGAAGCUGUCGGAGACGGUGAAGGGGAAGCUGAGCCUGGGCGCGCGGAUCCUGCAGGCCGGCGGCGUGGAACGCGCGUUCCGGCACGCCUUCAGCUCCUCGGCCGAGAAAGGCGAGCGCCUGGUGAAGGCCCUGCAGUGCUACCUCUACACCACGGGCGGGCCCAUAGCCGGGAUGCUCUUCGUCUCCACGCGCAGGAUCGCGUUCCGCAGCGACCGCUCCCUCGCCGUCACCUCCCCGGCGGGCGGCGACGCCGUCGUCGCGCGGGUGCCGUACAAGGUGGUGGUGCCCCUGAGGCGGAUCAAGCGGGUGCGGCCGAGCGAGAACGCCGACAAGCCGGAGCAGAAGUACAUCCAGGUGGCCACCGUCGACGGCUUCGAGUUCUGGUUCAUGGGCUUCGUCAGCUACCAGAGGUGCUGCAAGUACAUGCAGCAGGUGAUCUCCGAGCUGUCGUAGCUCGAUCGUGGCUCGCUCCAUUAUCGGCGUGUGGUGUGGGCGAGCGUGCGUGCGUCCCCUCUCAUGUCUGGCGGUGGCGGUUGAAGGUGAAGUUUGUGGGCUACUGUGCGCGGCAAUGUCUUGUUGGAAUGUCGUCGGUAGUCACCGACUGCAUGCUCCACCGUUUUCCCAUGGUGUCACGUACGUUACCAUUUGGAUUGGCUGACAAUUGUAUGGUCUUCCAAGUUCUGUUAAUUAUGUUAUUAUUAGUAGGAUUGAUGGAUGGACCAAGGAACUUGGUUUUGCUAAAUGAAAAUAUUAUACAAUUAUUGUUCUCA